UCGUUUCGUAGUUUAGUGCAAGCUUCGCGAACAGCUGGCUGGCGGCAGUCGCCUUUAGGACUCGAACUCGGGCGUCGCUUCGGCAGGCGACGUCCUCAAGACGUCUCUCGCACAAAAUGACAAUACAUCGAAUUUAGCAAUAAAUUACGUUAAAUUAUAAAUUUGUGUGAAGUGACCUGUGACUUUUCUCUCAAUAAACAAUUACCUCAAGCCGCAACAUCAACUAUGGGCGAAAGGGAGCGAAUUAUGAAGAAUCCUAUAAGGGUAGGAUUCUAUGAUAUUGAAAGGACUAUAGGAAAAGGAAAUUUUGCUGUUGUAAAGUUAGCAAGGCAUCGUAUUACUAGGACGGAGGUCGCCAUUAAAAUAAUUGAUAAAACUCAAUUAGACGCUGGGAAUUUGCAAAAGGUUUACAGAGAAGUGGAUAUAAUGAAACGUCUGGAUCAUCCCCACAUCAUUAAACUGUAUCAGGUUAUGGAAACGAAGAACAUGAUCUAUUUAGUGUCGGAGUACGCCAGCCAAGGGGAAAUAUUUGAUUAUAUUGCACGAUAUGGACGUAUGACUGAAGAAACGGCAAGGAAAACCUUUUGGCAAAUACUUUCGGCGGUAGAAUAUUGCCACAAUCGUAAUAUAGUACAUCGAGAUUUAAAGGCUGAAAAUCUUUUGUUGGACUCUAACAAUAAUAUAAAAAUUGCCGACUUCGGUUUCUCCAAUUAUUUCACGACCAGUGGCCAAUUAUCCACGUGGUGCGGAUCGCCUCCAUACGCCGCUCCAGAAGUGUUCGAGGGGAAAAAGUAUACUGGUCCCGAAAUUGACAUUUGGAGCUUGGGGGUUGUGUUGUACGUCCUUGUUUGCGGAGCGUUACCAUUCGAUGGAUGUUCUCUUCAGGCUUUACGUGAUAGAGUUCUAUCGGGGAGGUUUAGGAUACCGUACUUUAUGAGCUCAGAUUGUGAGUCGUUGAUUAGAAAGAUGCUUGUGCUCGAUCCAAGUAAACGAUAUGGAAUAUCGCAAAUAAAAAGACACAGAUGGAUGCAAGCGGAUAUACCGUCAACAUUACCUUCAUCUGUUCCUUCGAGUACCACACAACCAAAUGAGCAAAUAUUACGGCUAAUGCAAAGUUUAGGAAUUGAUGGCGUAAAAACGAGAGAGUCCAUUCGAAUCGGAAGUUACGAUCAUCACGCAGCUAUUUAUUACCUAUUAUUAGAUAAGUUAAGAAAUCAACUUGUGAGCGGCGAGAGUCAUACGGGUAAUCGUGACGUUCAAAGGCGACGUCCUUCAAAUGUAGCCGAGCAGGCUAUGAGGAAAAUCGGUAGGGCAAGCACGAGCGAAGACUGUCGACGGUUGCUGCAACAUUCCACUACGGCGCCAACGUCGAGUAAUAGUAAACUUAGUAAUAUUCAAAGAACAUCAGAAACGGCGUCAUCGGCGCAUGGUAUUGACGCGGCCAAGCUGCUCGCGGCGACUAACAGCGAUGACGCCCUUAAAAUACUGCAACAGUCGACAACUACAACUUUUGCAAUGUCGAGUGAGGCAUCCAAGCUGAUGGCGACUUUACAAUCUUCACCUGUUCCAUCUGCCACACAAGAUGUACCACCUUUUCGUGAUUACCUAAAUCACAUACACACCUAUUCCUAUAUGCAAAACACAUUCGGACAACAGACUUUAGAUACAGACAAUAAAGGCUCGCUAAGCAGGUUUAGUCCGGGGGGAUUCCGUAGUGGAGAAAUUCAGACGCAGUACUCAAGUUCCACCGAUGAAGGCGUAGAAACAGACCUGGAAGACCACAAUCCCCGUUUAAGCUAUACAUCGUCCAGUUCCUCAAGUGGAGUAGCCACCAAUUUCAAUACAUCGAAAAGUCUUAGUCAAAAUUUAAGUUGUGAUAGUAAUUUUGAAAGUCUUGAUUAUCAGCUGUCCGAUUCAAGCGAAUUGACGAGCAGUUUGCCAAGUUGCACCACCACCGAUAGAAAUCUACAGGAACCGGUAUUAACUAGUGCCAGUGCAAUUCCUCCCCCUUCUAAUUUUUCCAUGAACACAAGGUCUAGUUUGCACAGGCACCACCCGCUGCUGUAUAUGCCUAGUUUAAAGCCAGUGAACAGGACGGUUACACGAUCACCGGUAGAUUUUCGAGAGGGGCGACGUGCGAGUGAUGGGCUGGUAGCGCAACAAGUUACUGAUUCAACAAGCGGUGGCGUUGUCGCGUUUAAUUCGCAGAAGCUAAGCGAAAAUUGUAAAGCGAAAGGGGUUCUGGAAUUGCAUUUAGUGCAGCGCGAAGCACAACGUUUACAAGUUCAGUAUCAAGCUAGAGAGCCACCCGAGGAAGCGUCCCAAAGGCAAAAGCAGCACAGUCAAUAUUUACAGCCUCGUACGAAUAAAAGAAUUAGUUUACCAGAUAACUUUAGUUACGCAAAUACAAGUCCGGAACCACUCCAACUGCAAACUGCCAUGCAACACCGCCUCUUGCAGCAAAAGAGGCAAAUCCUACAAAAACAAAGUGCAAUGUCACAUCAGUCAUCCACGAAUAGUCUAGAAACCAGUAGUUCGUUAGCUAGAAGACAUAUGCUAAGGCAAGCGAGUUAUAAAAUUGCCCAACAACAACCUGUAUUACCUCCAUUACCGUUAAAUGAAACUGAGAAUAAAGACUUAUUAACGUUCCAGGCUAUCGUUGAGGGUUCUGGGGAGGCUUGGAACUCAUUGCCGGGAAGUUUACAAACUUCUUGUCAGAUCUCAGAAACGAUACCUCCACCUCCCGCGUGGCAAUCGCCAUUACCUACGUGGAGUCAGUUUUUGAAAGUGUGUCUUAUUUAAUUGAGUAAGAUGGUAGAAACAAUGUCCUUUUUAUGAUAGGGGCCUCAGUUCACAAGUAAUGCAUGGCCUCCUUUAUUGCCUCUCAGCGAGAGUCCAAUCUUAGAGCUUACGGAACAAAUGGAAUCGAUGUGAAGAUGAGCUCUGCGAGCAUUUACAAGAUAAUAUUGCUCGUGGCCACACCAAAACAUAAAAGAGUGGAAAUACAUUUAUUUAGAUUUAGUGUGUAGAAAUUCUAAAAUGUUUAGCUACUUUUGAGAUGGACAAUAUUGUUAAAAGUUGUUCACCUUUGUUUCAAUUAUUACCCCAAGAUGUUUGGUUUCGUCAUCUUGUUCGUUUGAGUGUAAACAUUCCAACACUGUUGUUUUGCAAUUGGUUCAUGAAAUAAAGCCGUAUAAUUAUAGGAGCCAAAUUAUUACUGAUGAACAAUCAAAUAAUUUAAAUCAGACUGUAAUAAUAUGAUAAUAAUGUUGGUCAUUGUAGUAUAGAACAUAGACUUAGUACUACAGUAAAUAAGCUCAGCGAUUUUGUGUAUUAAGUCUAGUGAAAUAAAUGAAAAAUCUUUACAUCAG